AUGGCUGCAGCGAUUGUCCUCAGUUUCGUGGUGGAGGAAGCACUGGGUAGGGUGCUUUCAAGUAUCACUGAAGAAAUUAAACUCUUAUGGGGAUUUAAUGAAGAACUUAAUAGACUUCAAGGCUCGCUUAGUAUGAUUCGUGAUGUGCUACAAGAUGCAGAAGAGCAACAAGUGACACAAAUGGCUGUGAGGCAUUGGCUGAUGAAGCUCAAAGAUGUGGCUUAUGAUGUUGAAGAUGUUCUUGACGAGUUGGCCUAUCAAUCUCUAAAGGUGGAUAUCCAAAAUCGAGAAGAGACAAAAGUACACAACUUUUUUGCAUUCUCCAGAGUCUAUUAUCGUGUCAAGAAGACUUUAAUCUCCAGAGUGUUUCAUCUCAAAAUGGCCCACAAGGUUAAGAAUGUGAAUGAAACUUUGGAUAAAAUAAAAAAUGAAGCUGUUGGGUUUGGACUUCGAGUCAUAUCUGUAGAUAGAAUGCCUAGAAUUAAUUCUGAACUAGUCACGUAUUCAAUAAUUGACCACCCAAUUGUGGGAAGGGAAGUUAAUGUCUCUGAAAUUGUCAACAUGAUGGCUUGUUUCUGCAAUCAACAAGCUCUUACUGUUAUUCCCAUAGUAGGCAUGGGCGGUCUUGGAAAGACAGCUUUAGCUAAGUUGGUGUGUCAAGAAGUGAUGGAAAGGAAGUUUUUUGAUGUAAAAAUGUGGGUUUGUAUUUCUGAUGAUUUUGAUGACCAAAGAAUCGUGGGAGAAAUGUGGCAAACACUAAAUGCGAAUGCAGGAGGGAUUACCAAUAAGGGAGCAACACUUCAACACCUUGAGAGGAUUAGUAGAAACAAUGGGAAGGCUGUUAUUGUUACCACCCGUAGUGAGGAAGUAGCAUCUAUAAUGGAGACUUCUCCUCAGUGCAGGCAUAAACUGAAGUUAUUGUCCGAUGAUGAAUGCUGGUCAAUUAUCAAGGAAAGGGUGUGUAGAAAUGGAAGAACUUCAAUCCCUUCGGAUUUAGAGGUCACUGGAAAAGGGAUAGCCAACAGAUGUGGAGGAUUGCCAUUAGCUGCAAGAGUUCUAGCAAGCACUGCUUUUUGUAAGAAAUGGAAGUUUAAAAGCUUGCGAACUCUGAAGUUAGUUGUUGCAGAUAUCAAAGAGCUGCCAACUUCAAUUGGCGAGUUGAAGCAUUUGAGACAUCUUGAUGCCUCUUAUAAUGAAAUCAAAGUGUUGCCAGUGCUGAGAUUGGAAGGCUGCAACAAGUGUGGAGAAAUUCCAAGGCUUGGGCAUCUUCUUCACCUUAGAUGUCUUGGAAUUAGAGGAAUGAAUAGUGUGAAAAGUAUUGGCAAUGAGUUUUAUGGCAAAGACGAUGAACGCACAAGCAGUGGAUGGAGACUAUUUCCAGCACUAGAAAGAUUCUGUCUAGAACAAAUAAGCAGUUUAGUUUAA